AUGUCUCCAAUCACCUUUACCCUGUUUAUCAUCUAUGCCCUGAGUGCCGGUGUCCUCAUCGCAUCAUCUCCAACACCAGGACCCUCAAUACGGGCAGGCGUCAACAUCACCGUCUUCAGCGAUACCGCCUGCGGCCACAGCCCGCAGAACCAUAGCUUCUCUUAUGGUUUCAUGUGGCCUACACCCUUCACCACGCAAUCGUACACGCUCAGCCGAGCACUCUCGUCCGAGGAGCGACUCGACUGGAGCAAUCCCUAUCCCGCCGGCGGCCGUGCGCCGAACCCGGGGGAGAUCCCACAGGCGUGCGGAACGUACCUGCAGACCACGAAUCCGGACUCCGCGAACCCUCACAGCGGUAGUACGCUGCACGCGGGAACUUGUUACUUGAUGGUUGGCGGAGCGGCGACUGAAGACAUUCAAAGGUCCUGUGUCGUGAAUGCCAAAUUCAUGACUCCCAAAGGGUACGGUCCCCAAGGAGCAAAGCCGCUCGAGAUGAGAGCCCGGCCCCAUGACUAUCAGCUCCAAGGCUUGCAAUGGUUGAGCCUACCCAAUCCUGUAGGAAAAAUCCUCGCCAACGACAUGGGUCUCGGCAAAACACUCCAAGCUCUCGCCACUGCUGCCGCACUUCCAAACAGACCCAACGGCGCUCGCCAGGUGCUGGUUGUUGUCCCUUGCCAAGUGCUCCGGAAUCGGUUCAACGAAACGAACAAGGCUGGCCUUCCCUCUCUCAACCGUCCGCCUCCUGGUCCUCCUGCGUCACCCAGCGUAGGCUCGGGUGAGGCUACCAGCAGCUCCAGCACCGACAACGACGGGGGUUCGGGAGACGAGCACGUUUCGGGCGCGUCUUCUGCCCGUACGCCCUCCGGCUCGCCCCCGCCUCCCUCGUGCGGCGACUCGCUCAAUGGGCAUGGCCCUCCCCCUCCUUCUUCGGAGGAUGAAGAUGAAGAGAUCGAGGAUGCAGCGGCUGCUACAUGGGCAGGAGGGCAUGAAACCAACUGA